AUGAUGAACUUCAAAAAAGACAAAGUGACCAACAUAUUCCGCAAGAUAUUCAAGUCCUCGUCGAAGGAGGGCGAGGGCCCCAACAAGCCGGGCACCUCGGGCACCGGGUCCCCGGCCAGGCGGCUGCUGCGCGGCUGCAGGGACAGCGUGGCACCGGCGGCCACAGCUGCAGCCAGUCCUGCCUUCUCAGCAAAAACCAAAAAAGACGAGCACCACGCCAAAACCGUGCGCGCCAGAAGACUCAUGAAGGAGUUGAAGGACUUGCAGAGGCUCCAGAACUCCAAAUCCGACCCCGUGUUCACCGUGGACCUGGUAGAAGACAAUCUGUUCGAGUGGCACGUGAAACUAUUUAAAAUAGACAGUGAGAGUGACUUGGGCAACGACAUGAAGGAGCUGGGCGUCGGGUACAUUUUACUCCACUUGGUUUUCCCGGAUAACUUCCCGUUCGCGCCGCCGUUUAUGCGCGUCAUUUCUCCGAGGAUAGAGAAAGGGUUCGUCAUGGAGGGCGGCGCCAUCUGCAUGGAGCUUCUGACGCCUCGAGGGUGGGCCAGCGCGUACACCGUCGAAGCGGUCAUAAUGCAGUUCGCCGCCAGCGUGGUAAAGGGCCAAGGGCGCAUCCAGAGGAAGAACAAGGGCCAGAAGGUAUUCAGCAGGAGAACUGCCGAGGAGAGCUUCAGAUCGUUGGUCAAGACACACGAUAAGUACGGUUGGGUAACGCCUAGUUUGGCUGAUGGUUAA